AUGGCCAAGCCGCUCCUGAGCUUGCUCGCGCACCUGCACACCGCGCUCCUGUUCCUGCCGGCGGACCCGGCCGCCGGCGCAAUGUACAACGUGCUGCGCUACGGCGCCCGCCCCGACGGCGCGGCGGACGCGGCGGGGCCCUUCCUCCGCGCGUGGGCCGACGCCUGCCGCUCGACGCGCCCGGCCACCGUGCUCGUGCCGCCCGGCCGGUACCUGGUGUCGAGCGCCACGUUCACCGGCCCGUGCCGCAGCCACGCCGCCGUGACGUUCGCCGUCGCCGGCACGGUCGUCGCCCCCGCGGGCUCCGGCGGGCGCGGCUCGUCGGGGCUGUGGAUCACGUUCGAGAACGUGGACGGCCUUGUCGUCUCCGGCGGCACCCUCGACGGCCGCGGCCGGGCGCUCUGGGAGUGCAGGCGGCGCGGGCAGGGAAGCUGUCCGACCCCGGCCUCGGUACGUUCGUCGACGAAGCUCGAAUCCUGA